CGGGAUUAUUUGGUAGAGAGGAAGGAUCUUUUGAACGGCAGGAUUUGAAGGAGGAAAUGAGUUUGGAAAUCUCAAGUCUGAAGCCUUUUCCCAUUGCUUUGAUUUGGGUUAAAUAUGAAGGGAAAGAAAAUGGAGAUCAACUCUCAACUCUGAUCUUCUUCUUCAGCGAUUCUAAAUAGACUUCGGUGCAGCUGUCCCCACUCCACUCCCUCGCCCCUCCAUUUUCUUUAAGCUCUCCAUCAGCUAUUGCUAUCGUUCAUAGUUGGGAAGAGUGAUUGAUGGAUUUGUUUGUAAUAUGGUUGUUUAUUGCAGCCCAUCAAUCUGUAGAGAUACUAUCGGUUGCAACAAUGGAUCAAGGAAAAAGGCCACUAAACCUUCCUUCUGCAUCAAACAGUGAGGACGAUCUUAGUGAUAUCAUUAGAGAAAAAGCCCUUCCAUUCCUUCCUGCUAAAUCACUGUUCAGAUUCCUGGCUGUUUGUCGAGACUGGAAGCUCCAUAUUUCAACACCAUCCUUCCACCAUAAUCAAUCACUUUGUUGCCGUAACAUAUCAGGCCUUUUUUGUCAGACUUCUGUAGAUCGUAAUUUCUUCAUACCAAUUCAUCCAAAAUCUUGUGGUGUACCAGAUUCAUCUUUGAGUUUUCUGCCAGAGCCUGUUGAAAUUAGGGCCUCAUCAAAUGGAGUGUUGUGUUGCCAAGGACAAGAUGAAAACAGGUACCUCUAUUUGUGCAAUCCAGUUACUAAACAAUGGAAAAAACUUCCAAAACCUACUGCUUCUCCUAUGCAAUCUGAGCCAAGACUUGAGCUGAUAUUUGAACCGUUGCUGCUCAACAUUGUACCUGAGUACAAACUCAUUCGUGUCUUCCAAUCUGCUGAUUUUCAUUAUGCAACUGAAUUUGAAAUAUACACCUCCAAAAAUAACUCAUGGAAUGUUUCUGGGGAGAUUCUUUUUGGAGUUUCAGUAUAUUCUCUGGGGUAUGGUGUUCAUCUCAAUGGUGUUAUUUACUGGACUAUGGGGAAUAGUCGCACUCUUUGUUUUGAUCUAACAAAGGAUAGGACACAAAUACUGGACAACGGUCCUGAUGACGCUGACACUGAUGCUGACUGCUUACUGGGAACAUUUGAUGGAAGGCUUUGUAAGGUUCAUAUCCAAUUGCCUAACUAUGAAGUGAUUGUCAAUGUCUUGGUUAAUAUCCACGCAAAUACCAUGCCUUUGAAUGAUGCUGACAUGUGGGAAACUAUACAGUUGCUUGAUCCUAACACCACUGAUAUGCCUUUGGAUGACUACUUUGACAGCAAAGUUGUUGCUGUAAGCAGGGAUACUGUGGUGGUUGAGAGUAUGAACAAUUUUUACUCCUAUGAUUUUGAACACAUGGAAACUAAAACACUAAUGAGCCCGCCUCAGCCACCUGAAGCGUUUUAUGUGGGAUGGAUACCCUAUGUGAAUAGCCUUGCUUCAUUCUGAGCUUGCCCUCUGUUCACCUUGUAUUUUCAUAAACUCUCAAACUCCUAGUUUGAACAACGAUCAAUCUAGUUAAGGGAAUAAUGUGUGAUGUUUUUCUA